AUGAGUAGUUUAAAAGAUCAGCGAUUUCCUCUUGAUUCUAAAUCUCUAAACAAGAUUUUGAACUCAAUUGACACAGAAUAUGACCGUAUGGCACUAAAAGCUGUUAUAUUUGCGCUUCAUUCAAGAUCUCAAACAUAUAAACUGGGAAUCAAGCCAGACAGAGCAGUCAAGUUUCUUUCCAAAGUAUUGACUGUCGCAAAUGAAAGCGAGAAUGCAUUAAAGACAGCUGAAGAACUUUUGAAGCUCAGAACACACGAGAGAGUUGAGAAUGUGGAGAAAAAGAUUCAGCAGCUUGAUACGAAAAUAGAUAAACCAUUACUUUCAGAAAGGCGGAAGUGCGAACUUGAAGGUGAAAAAGAUGCCUUAAAAGAAAGGUUAGCUAACUUGAAAGAGUUAGAAAAAAAUGAAAGCUCCUCUUCACAAAGGAAAACACAACAAAGAAAACGGAAAAUUGCUCAAGAUCUUAUAGCUAACAACAGACUAAAAAAAAGAAAGUUAGGGGCAGGAGCACCACAACUGCUGGAUUCAGAAGACGAAACCGUCAUAGCCAAGGCAAUUUCAACAAAAAGCACCUGCCACGGAAGACGACAUGAAACUACACUUUUCACAAACCACCGCGUAAAGAAAAGAGACUUUCUUCAUCUCGCUAACUACUCUUUAAUGAAACGUUGUAAAAGACUGAUAAAAUCAGCAACCAGAGUAGGAAAUCGGGGAAAGGCCAAAAUUAUCAGGUCUAUUGCUGCCAAGUCACACGUUGGAAAGUGGCUUUGGUGUAGUAAAAAACUCCGGAAAACAGAAGACCAUGACACAGUAAGCACACAUCAUCAACGUGCUCAUGUUUUGAAUGCGAAGCUCACAAUGUUUUCUGAAAAUCAAAAAGAGCAUAGUCUUGUUGUGAGCAUGGAUGAUAAGGCGUAUUUACGGCCAGGCACAGAUGUAGGAGCGAGAAAUACGAAAGCUGGUGUGAUAUAUAAUGUCUGUGAUCCUGAUGAGCAGAAACAACUGCCCCAGCACGAUUUUAACAUUCCUCAAGUAAAUCAGACUCCUGCAUCUUUCCGCUGUAUUAAGAAGCAUAUUGAAACUAUCCAAGGAAAACAUUAA